AUGAAGCGCGUGGCCUACCUCUACGUAAGGCUCCUGCACACUCAUCCGGCCAAAACUCAAAUCGUGACGACGGGCACGAUGAUGCUCACGAGUGACAUUAUUGUCCAAAAACUCAUUGAACGGAGGACGUGCAUCGACGUCGAAAGAAGCGCCGGAUUUUUCUUUCUGGGACUCUGCUACUCCGGUCCCUAUAUGAGGGUCUGGCACGUCUUUGCCGACCGAUGGUUUGGCGGUGGAAAUGUUCGGUCUGCGACGUUGAAGAGGGUGCUCAUGGACCAGCUCCUGGUCGCUCCCGUGUUCCUUGUCGGCUUCCUCGGACUAAGGGGUGUUUUCCAGAGACUUUCGUGGCCCGAGAUCAAGGAGUCGGUGAGGACCAAGUACGUGGAAGUCCUGAUGACCAGCUACAUGAUAUGGCCGGCGGCCAUGACCAUCAACUUCCGCUACGUGCCACUUAACUACCGUAUGCUCUUCAGCGGCUGCGUGAGCUUAGUGUGGAACAGCAUUCUCUCCUACAAGCUGAACGCUGCUAAGCGUCCUGUGUGA